AUGAGCUCAGCAGCGGACACAACCACCACAGGGCAUACUGUUCGUCAAGGAAGACUAUUUUCCGAAGGACCUGAUGCAAAAUAUGGCGACUUUCGCGAUGAAUUAUUGCAGAAUGGAUUUGCUGUCGUUAAAGGCGCCGUUCCCCGCGAUCGGGCCUUGAAGUAUGCAGACGAGAUCUAUCAAUGGCUUGAAGAAUUCAAUCUUGGAUUCAAGAGAGAUGAUCCGUCAACAAUCCAUAAAGAUCAUCUGCCUGACAUCAAUGAAAAGGGAAUGUGCCUCGGAUAUGCGGUCUCGCACGAAUCUUUCACCUGGGGGGUUCGCCAGGAGCCUGAAGUAAUUCGUGCCUUUGAGAGGGUCUACGGUACUGAAGAUCUCAUUGUUUCAUUUGAUUCAAUUGGCAUCGGCUUUCCCAACCGUACAGAUAUCAAACCGAACAAGCCUUGGCCUCAUCAGGACCAAGACCCGGAAAAGCCAGGCUUCCGGUGCUUGCAGGGCUUGGUCAAUCUGCUCCCAAAUGGCCCUAAAGAUGGAGGCCUGAUCGUGUGCAAGGGAGCUCACCGUCUGAGCGAAGAAUUUCACGAAGCGUUCAAGAACGAAGAGGACAAGAUUUGGUCUUGGACGAAGGAAUGGUACGGCUUUACAGAAGCUGGCUUGAAAUGGCUGGAGGCUAAGGGAUGCGAAUGGAUUAAGAUCGAGGCCGAGCCCGGUGAUUUGCUGCUCUGGGAUUCCCGUACACCUCAUUACAAUGUUUCCUCUGAGACUUCUCAGCCACGGUUCUGCGUAUAUACUUGCUUUAUGCCUGUGGCAGAUGCAAACCAGGAGCAGCUUCUCAUCAAGAAGAAGGCGUUUGAAGAAACAAAGAUGACAACUCAUUGGCCAAAUGCAAUGCAUGUUGUGGAUUUGCCUGUUUUUAGAAACGGGGAACCGGAUCCAUACAACCGCUCGCAGCCACGAGAACCAGUCAAACUCUCAGAAAGGGCUUUCAGACUGACAGGCAUUCCUUACCUUGAGCAGAUGGCUGAAUUGUGA